AGUUCGCUUCAUGUGUUGAUAUAGAACAAUCCAGUCCCUGAAUACAAAAGGAAACGGGCGAAUGCCAGGAAAAGAAUGGGGAGAUUAAGGCAAAGGGUGCGGAAUUUUUGUAAAAUUCAAGGGAUGCCACAAAUGGCCCUAGUGCACCUCACAACCGAGGGAACAUUGAAGGUUGUUGGACACCAAGAUAUGGUUGAGGCUGUUGGCCGCAGCAACCUGGUUAACAUACUGAAUAUUGCGCCGGUAGCGCCCGCUACCACUCAGGAAGAGGAAAAAGUCGACCUUCGACGCAUUUCCGUGGCGGUGGACUACGCCGACGUCCGGGACGUCCACCUAUUAAGACGAGCGGUCACUCAGGUCACAAUUGACAAAGGUGCCAAGGGAUCCCGAUGUAUUUGGGGAAACGAAGGCCUUCGGCCUUUUUGGUGGCCUGAGGGUGUGCCGUUUGUGGCGCCCUCAGCAACACACACGGACGAUGGUAUGCUUUUCACACAAAUCUCCUUAUCUCAAACUUUUACUCAGGAAUGGAAAUUAUGUAAAGUCCACUUCUUUCCCAGAAUGAAAAUCGAUGUUAAUUAA